UCAUGCAAUGCGCUGUCUUCAUCUGGAUCUGGAUCUUCCACGCCAAGUUCUGCUGAGAAAUGUGGCCCAGUGAGCCAUGAAAUGGGCACCAUAACCUAUCUGCCGGGAGUUGAGCAACCGCAUUUCCCGUCAGGAGCACUGGCGGUGCUAAGCUGUCCACCGGGACAAACAGUGGCCGGUGGCGCCUCUCAGGCGACCUGCCAGAAUGGUAAAUGGACCGCCACACUGGGAUUCUGCAAACAAACCAAUAUAAAGCUGUUCUAA